GACACACGCUAUCGUACAUUAUCGAGAAUUAACGUAGCAUACUCUUGCUUGUGUCGUGUGUGUGCGUGUGUCUCGCUGACAUUGAGCGGUGAUUUAAAAAGUACGGUACUCUUAAAUGACGGACAUUUGCAAGCAGAGCGACGCAACCGCCAGAGAAUGGGACGGAGUGUUUUAGUGAAGGAUUUGAAUUAUUUAAAGUCAUAAUGAGCGGGAGUUCCUGCCGUUACGGCCCGAGGGUCGAAGAUGUCCCGAUUGUGCGACACAGUCGGAAGUCUCUCACGAGACCAGGGGACCUGGACGGUGACUUGCUUACCGGGGAGAUGAACUCCAACCGGGGCACGGGGGUGAGCCUCACCCCUUCGCCAGAUGAAGGCAUUCAGGAUUUACUGGUUGAAGACGUGGAGGAAAAGGCCCAGCCCGUCCAGAUCCUCCUAGCCAAUGAGGAGGAGCACAGCUUCGAACUGGACGCCGCCGCCUUGGAGCGGAUCCUGCUGCAGGACCACGUGAAGGACCUUAAUGUGGUGGUGGUGUCGGUGGCCGGUGCGUUCCGCAAAGGCAAGUCCUUCCUGCUGGACUUCAUGCUGCGAUACAUGCACAAUCAGCAGCAAAGCGAAGAGUGGAUGGGCGGCAACGACGACCCCUUGACCGGCUUCACUUGGAGAGGAGGCUGCGAGAGGGAGACCACGGGGAUCCAGGUCUGGAGCGAAGUCUUUGUGGUGGACAGGCCAGACGGCAGCCAGGUGGCCGUCCUCCUGGUGGACACCCAGGGAGCCUUCGACAGCCAGUCCACCAUCAAGGACUGCGCCACAGUGUUUGCCCUCAGCACGAUGACAAGUUCUAUGCAGGUGUACAAUCUCUCGCAGAACAUUCAGGAGGACGACUUGCAGCAUCUUCAGCUCUUCACAGAAUAUGGCCGCCUCGCCAUGGAAGAGAUCUACUUGAAACCUUUCCAGUCCCUCAUGUUCCUGAUUCGCGACUGGAGUUUCCCCUACGAACACAGCUACGGCCUGGAAGGAGGCGACGCCUUCUUGGAAAAACGACUUCAGGUCAAGCAGCACCAACACGAGGAGUUGCAGAACGUCCGGAAGCACAUCCACUCCUGCUUCUCCAACAUCGGCUGCUUCCUGCUGCCUCACCCGGGCCUCAAGGUGUCCACCAACCCUUACUUUGACGGGCGGCUGAGAGACAUUGAUGGGGAUUUUAAGGAGCAGUUGUCCCAGCUGGUGCCUCUCCUACUGGCGCCCGAGCGGCUUGUGGAGAAGGAGAUUGGAGGCAACAAAGUCACGUGUCGAGAUCUUGUGGAGUACUUCAAGGCGUACAUAAAGAUCUACCAAGGCGAAGAGCUUCCACAUCCAAAGUCCAUGCUGCAGGCGACGGCUGAAGCAAACAACUUGACUGCUGUGGCAGGAGCCAAAGACAUGUACAGCAAGAACAUGGAACAGGUCUGUGGCGGCGACAAGCCCUACAUCGCCCCCGCCGACCUGGAGCGCUGCCACGAGGAGUUCCGCGAGCACUCGGUGCGCUACUUCCGCUCGGUGAAGAAGAUGGGCGGCGAUGAGUUCUGCCAGCGCUACCAAAGCCAGCUGGAAGCCGAGCUGGACGAAGCCUUCGGAAACUUCUGCAAGCACAACGACGGCAAGAACAUCUUCUACGCCGCCCGCACGCCCGCCACGCUCUUCGCCGUCAUGUUCGUGGCCUACGUGGUGUCCGGCGUGACGGGCUUCAUCGGCCUGAGCACGCUGGCGGCUCUUGCAAACCUGGUCAUGGGCCUGGCGUUGAUGUCGCUCUGCAUCUGGGCCUACGUCAAGUACUCCGGAGAGUUCCGUGAGGUGGGAACCAUGAUAGACCUGGUGGCUGAGACGCUGUGGGAACAGGUUUUUUCCAAACUUUGCGAGCGCGUCACGAGGGGCGUGCCGUGGCCCGCCGCCCUGCUGGCGGGAGCGACGCCGGGCCUGUCGGCUCUGUCCCCCCCCAACAACAACCGCUACUACCAUCACCACCACAGGAAGAGCCGCUAGACCACCUUGUCUUGUCUUUUGUUCACGUUCAGGCCCGGAAGGUCGUUGGGAUUCUGUCUUUGUACCGUCAGCAGGCCCCCCGCGCCCCAUCGCAGAAUCUCACGGUUCCUAUUCGUCUUACUCUCAGUGUGGGGGGGAAGGAUGUCUGCUGCUUUCAUGGCAUUUUUCCUGUUAGGAUCACUUUGUCUGUUCGGGUCCUUUUUACGGGGGGGGCGUCUGUGCUGUGCAUGCUCCAGCACAACUGCCUGUUUUGUUUGUUUGUUUGUUUGUUUGUUUUCCCCUCCAAUCUCAGGCCAAGUCCACACAUACCGUACUAUCAUUUACUUUUACUUUCACCACCGUAGCUAAAACUCUUAUACAAGUCAUCAAUUCUACACAAAAGCGUGGGUGGCACAAUAACCCAUAAUAGCAAUAAAAUUAAAACAGGAAUGUUAACAGGCAAUUAUUUUUUGUAAGGGGGAAAAUCUUAAAAAUAAAAAAUAAAUACAGUAUAGGUAAAAUACCGAAUGUAAAAUAUUUUUUAAAGUUUUUUUUUUCAAUUCUGCAUGUAAAAAUAUUUUUUUAAGUUUUGUACUAUACAGUAUGACUGUAAAAAAAUAUUGAAAUCUGUAGGUAGAGGUAGAAUGUUAUACAAUAUGUACAGUAUAUGUGUAAACAAAAGUACAGUAUGUAAAUGUUUUUUUAUAGCAUGUACGUUUAAAAAUGUGUAUAUUAGUAUGUAGUAUUAAAAAACUAUAUAUAUAUGUUGGUGAAGUUGGAGGGGUGGGAGCAGUACUGUGUGUAAAUAUGUUAAUGUAGCGAGAGAGACGUGGCCUGGGAGUGUCUCACUAUUUGGCAGGAAGUGUUCCUCACUAGCGGGCCUGUGUGCUGUGUGUUGUGCUACAGGUUCUCAAGCCGCUCAGUGAACAUUAUAUGGAAGACAACGUGCGACAGACGGUGGUCAACUCGCUCAAAGCCAGCCUGACAGAGCCCAGCUCGCAGCAGCACGCCAAGUUAAAGACGCACUGACGCACUCCCCCCCCCCCCCCCUUCACUGUCCUUACUUCCUUCCUGCCUGUUCAACGUGCGAAACAUAGUUCAAGAAACACCAAAGCUGACCUCCCUCCUCAUCGUUGUUAUUCUCCUUGCUGUGGCCUUUUGCCAAAACCACAACAACCGUCCUGUCCUGUCUGUCCAUCACGUCUUCUUUGGCGCUUCAGGUUAAGGAAGCCACUUCUCUCAAACAUGGAUGUAAACGUGCUGCCUUCAAGUUCACCCCCCCUUUUUUCCUGCUGUUCAUUUGUUUCAAAGCACAACUUUCACCUUUAGCAGAGUCAGGAAUCAAGAAUGUGAAUUGUUUUGACAAUGUUACCAAGAAUCACUAAUAAAUACAUAAGGUGCGUUUAUGUAUGUAUAGUUUAGUCAAACUGGUCGCCCCGCUUAUUAGAAUUCUAUCAAGCUUCCAUUUUGUUUCGUUUUUUAGAGUUGACCACCUUUUUAGUAGUGUGCUAAUAAGAUAAGCUACAAGCUCUUAAGAGGCCAACUCUGCUGCCUUUAACAUCGCCCUUAACAUUUUUAGUGUUCUAGUAUAGUUCAAUUCAUUGUAUAAACGCCUAUUGUUGACAUGUAACACAAAAGUAGUUUUAAAAGCAGUUACACUGGAUGUUAUCUUGCGAGCUAAAGGAAAUUAGCUUAGUUUUGAAGGCUAACAUUUUUGUUUUCAAAACGCCUCGUUUUGUCCAAAAGGUUUAGUCCAAGCACUAUUUCUCACCUCAUAAAAUUAUUUGUAAACAUUUAUUAAAUGCAAGCUGUGGCGUAAUUAGCUAAAAUUUGUGAUAUUUUAGUGCUGCUAGUGUAGCGGUAGCUACUUCCGGUCUCCAUGCUAAUUAAAGCUAAUUUGCCGCACUCUAGUUGAAGAAAAGGCUACCUUUUCCAACUUUGCACCCCACCGGAGAAAAAACGGUUUAUCGCUAAAGUGUCAAACUCGUUUUUGCCCUUUAAUCGUCGCACUUGUUUGAUUCUCAGGAGCUAAUAGAAGAACGUCAGUCACUUUUAGUUCGAUCGGUGAUCACGUCGUUACUCAAACUCAAGCGCCAGUCUUCGAUGUUUAUUUUACCCUUCUCUUGUGAUUGCAUGUUGAAACUGUUAGAUAUUUAAAUAAACUUUGUAUACGUUUUCUAGCCAAUCAAGGUGACGACGACUUUCUGUUUGGGGUCAGUUUAACAGAACUGCUGUAGAUGAGGUUUUUCUUUUGGUUUGUUUUUUGACCGGUUAAACUUGUCCUGUUUGGGAGGACGAUAGAAAAUUAGCAAAAAGUGAUGAUUGGGUUGAUUUGAGUGGUGGCUGAGAGGUGUGUGAUGCCUAUCCACAUUUUUAAAAACACAUUUGUGGUAUAAUUUAUUUUUGAAUAAAGUGUUUACCUUAAGAAUAAAAAUCAUACAACUCA